CCCCACCCGGCGGCGCCCGCCCGAAUCCCGGUGCCCAGGGCGUCCCGGGGGCGGUCCGCUUUGAUGGCGCAUAAAACCGCUGGCCACCUGCCGGGUCGCUCCUCCGUGCUCUGCCGUCCGGAACCCGCCGUGCCGCUGCCGUCCCCGUCCCUGGAGUCACAGUCACUGUCGCCUCCGCCCCCGUCUCGUUCCCUCCACAGGCGCGGAGCCCAGCGACCUCCGCGCGGGCGCCAGGGCGCGCAGACAUGGGCAGCCGCUCCAGAGCGCGCCAGGUGGCCGCGGCGCUGGGCUUCGUUGGGCUGCUCUUAGCCGCACUGGGCGCUGUCAUGAUCGUGAUGGUGCCCUCGAUCAUCAAGCAGCAGGUCCUCAAGAAUGUGCGCAUCGACCCCAGCAGCCUGUCCUUCAACAUGUGGAAGGAGAUCCCUGUCCCUUUCUACCUCUCUGUCUACUUCUUUGAUGUCAUCAACCCCAACGAGAUCCUCCAGGGCCAGAAGCCACAGGUGCGGGAGCGCGGGCCCUACGUGUACAGGGAGUUCAGGCACAAGAGCAACAUCACCUUCAACGACAACGACACAGUGUCCUUCCUCGAGUACCGCAGUUACCAGUUCCAGCCUCACAAGUCCCGUGGCCUGGAGAGUGACUACAUCGUCAUACCCAACAUCCUGGUCCUGAGCGCGUCAGUGAUGAUGGAGAAUAGGCCCAUGAGCCUGAAGCUGAUCAUGACCUUUGCAUUCAGUGCCCUUGGCGAGCGUGCCUUCGUGAACCGCACUGUUGGCGAGAUUAUGUGGGGCUACGAGGACCCCCUCAUACAUCUCAUCAAUAAGUACUUCCCCAACAUGUUCCCCUUCAAGGGCAAGUUCGGGUUAUUUGCUGAGCUCAACAACUCCGACUCCGGGCUCUUCACCGUGUUCACAGGGGUCAAAGACUUCAGCAGGAUCCACCUUGUAGACAAGUGGAAUGGGCUCAGCAAGGUCAACUUCUGGCAUUCCGAUCAGUGCAACAUGAUUAAUGGAACUUCGGGGCAGAUGUGGGCACCAUUUAUGACUCCCGAAUCCUCUCUGGAGUUCUACAGCCCCGAGGCCUGCCGGUCCAUGAAGCUCAUCUACAAGGAGCAGGGGGUGUUUGAAGGCAUCCCCACCUUUCGUUUUGUGGCUCCCAACACCUUAUUCGCUAAUGGCUCCGUCUACCCACCCAACGAGGGCUUUUGCCCGUGCAUGGAGUCUGGAAUUCAGAAUGUUAGCACCUGCAGGUUCAAUGCACCCUUGUUUCUCUCCCAUCCUCACUUCUACAAUGCUGACCCAGUCCUGGCAGAGGCAGUGUCUGGCCUCCACCCUAACACAGAAGAGCAUUCCUUGUUCCUGGACAUUCAUCCGGUCACCGGGAUCCCUAUGAACUGCUCUGUGAAGCUUCAGCUGAGUCUCUACAUUAAGUCUGUGAAAGGCAUUGGACAAACCGGGAAGAUUGAACCGGUGGUCCUGCCGCUGCUGUGGUUUGCAGAGAGCGGGGCAAUGGAGGGGGAGACCCUUCAGACAUUCUACACUCAGCUGGUGUUGAUGCCCAAGGUGCUGCACUAUGCCCAGUACGUGCUCCUUGCUCUGGGCUGCGUCCUGCUGUUCAUCCCCAUCGUCUACCAGAUCCGGAGCCAAGGUCCCAAGGAUGCCGAGAGCCAGCCCAGCCUGGCCCCUCAGUCAGACCAGCUUCCCAGCCCCUACACCCCACUUCUUCAGGACUCUCUCAGCGGACAGCCCACCAGUCCCCAAAUCUGAGCCCUCCCACCUCCCGUUGCCACAUGCGUGUCACACACUGCACACCCCCCAGCACAUGUUCUCACGUGUGCACAUGUAUGCAGACACACUCAGGGAUGGAGCCGCUGCUGAGGGGACCUGGGGAGAGUCUUGACAACAAAGAGUGUUCUGGAACCUUCUCUUGGAGUGAUCCACAUGCCUGCCCACAAGUGCUAUGGGCACGGGACCCCCUCCUUUGGGUGAGCAAGCCGGGGCGCUUGACAACUCUGACUGCCUCUCCCCAGCUGCCUCCAUCAGUCUCGAACCACUGCAGCCCCUGCCUGGGGGUUCGUCCAGGCAGGACGGGGCCUUUACUCCAAGGGGCCAGCUGUAGUCCUGAACCCAGCCUGGGAGCACAGACUUCUUGUGCCCCAGCCAGCUGGGUAGGGGGCUGUGGCUCCAUGCCAGACCUAAACCCAGAGCUUUGCCUGCUGGAAAACUGGGCCUCAGAAACUGAGAUGCACUUGACCGUGUCUUCACCCCUGCAGGGUCUCUCUGAAAUCUCUACAGGGGCUGGGUUUGGGUGUCCGGGGCUCCUCCCUCCAGCCUAAACUGACAGCAUCCUGUGUUCUGAGCCGGCCACUCCCUGGUGGGGGUGGUGGGAGGCUGUGUCCCAGGUCGCCACACCUCCACAACCAGGACCCUUGGUGCCCAGGCAGAGGUGGAGAGGCCCCAGGCCACCAGCCUGGGUGUCUGGUCAGGUGGGAGACCUGUCUGCCCUCCCCCCCCCGGGCUUCUGGUCUUGGGGCAAGCCUCUGUCUCUUUUCUACUGGAAGAGAAAUGAAUUUAUCAUCUUUAAAAAAUAACAUACAAUUGAAGUAAUAAACCUUUAAAAAAAGU